ACAGACAUGAGUAAUCGAAAACACAUUUCGAGGAGCAGCAAUGUUUUCAUGCCUGACGUCUUGCGCUGCUAUGCCAUGGCGCCCGUUAUGUCGCUGAUUGCGAAGGAAAUAUCUUAGCUCUUGUUUUCGUUUGGUUUAUUAAAAAUUAAAAAAAGCGCUUCGCCAUACUGGUUUGACUUUAACAUCACUUCACCCUGAACCGGCCAUGACCGUCGAGCAGAAUGUCCUCCAACAGCAUUCUCAAAAGCACCAACAGACUCUGAUAAACCAGUUAAAGGAGGUCACAGGAACCACAGACAUUCAACUUCUCCAGCAAGCCCUGCAGGUGAGCAAUGGAGACCUGGCCGAGGCAGUGGCCUUUCUGACGGAGAAGAACGCCAAGGUCCCCCAGCAAGAUGAGCCCACGUACUACCAGACCUCCCAGGUGGCCAACGACCGAUACAUCAGCGUGGGCAGCCAGGCAGACACCAAUGUGAUCGACCUGACCGGCGAUGACAAGGAUGAUCUUCAGAGGGCCAUCGCUCUCAGCCUGGAGGAGUCGAGCCGUGCCUUCAGAGAGACUGGCAUCACAGAUGAGGAGCAAGCCAUCAGCAGAGUCCUGGAGGCCAGCAUAGCUGAGAACAAGGCCAGCUUGAAGCGCACCCACACGGAGGUCUGGAGCGACUCGCCCGACCCUCAUGACAGGAAGCGGAUGGACAACUGUCCCGUGGGCCUCAAGAACGUCGGCAACACCUGCUGGUUCAGUGCCGUCAUUCAGUCGCUGUUCAACCUACUGGAGUUCCAGAGGCUGGUACUCCACUACUCUCCCCCGGCCAGGGUGCAGGACCUCCCUCGCAACCAGAAGGAGCACAGGAACCUGCCCUUCAUGCAGGAGCUGAGGAACCUCUUCUCCCUCAUGGUGGGCUCCAAGAGGAAGUACGUGGACCCGUCGCGUGCCGUCGACAUCCUCAAAGACGCCUUCAAGUCAAGCGAGUCCCAGCAGCAGGAUGUGAGCGAGUUCACCCACAAACUGCUGGACUGGCUGGAGGACGCCUUCCAGAUGAAGGCCGAAGAGGACCGCGAGGGCGAGAAGCCAAAGAACCCGAUGGUGGAGCUCUUCUACGGGCGCUUCCUGGCCGUGGGCGUGCUGGAAGGUAAGAAAUUUGAGAACACGGAGAUGUUCGGCCAGUACCCCCUGCAGGUGAACGGCUUCAAGGACCUCCAUGAGUGUCUGGAAGCGGCGAUGAUUGAGGGGGAGAUCGAGUCCCUGCACUCAGCAGAUAACUCAGCCAGGUCUGGGCAGGAGCACUGGUUCACUGAACUCCCUCCUGUGUUGACCUUUGAACUGUCCAGAUUUGAGUUCAACCAAGCGCUCGGACGGCCCGAGAAGAUCCAUAACAAGCUUGAGUUUCCCUCCAUGCUGUACAUGGACAGGUACAUGGACAGGAACCGAGACGUCACCCGCAUCAAGAGGGAGGAGAUCAGGAGGCUGAAAGAGCACCUGACGCUGCUGCAACAGCGGCUGGAGAGGUAUCUGAGUUAUGGCUCAGGCCCCAAGAGGUUUCCUCUGGCAGAUGUCCUCCAGUAUGCCAUGGAGUUUGCCUCCAGUAAGCCGGUGUGCACCUCCCCUGUGGAAGACAUUGACACAUCAGCACCCCCCGGUGGCACAACAGGGCAACAACUGCCCCAACCAAGCACUGUGGAACAGGCCGCCGCCGUUUCCCCCGACGCCCCGUCCUCGGCCCAGGGCCCGUCGCUGGCCCAGGCCUCGGCCGCCGCCCUGUCUCUGGCCCCGGGGUCGGCCCCUCAGCAGAGGGCCCAGGUCCACAAGCCCUUCACACAGUCCCGGCUGCCCCCCGACCUGCCCAUGCACCCGGCGCCGAGGCAUGUGACGGAUGAGGAGCUGCGCGUGCUGGAGGGCUGUCUGCAUCGCUGGCGGAGCGAGGUGGAGAACGACACUCGGGAUCUACAGGGCAGCAUCUCAAGAAUCCACAGAACCAUUGAGCUGAUGUACUCUGACAAGUCCAUGAUGCAGGUCCCGUACCGGCUGCACGCCGUUCUGGUCCACGAGGGCCAGGCCAACGCGGGCCACUACUGGGCCUACAUCUACGACCCGCACCAGCGGCGCUGGAUGAAGUACAACGACGUCUCGGUCACCAAGUCCACCUGGGAAGAGCUGGUGAGGGACUCGUUCGGAGGCUACCGCAACGCCAGCGCCUACUGCCUGAUGUACAUCAACGACAAGAAGCCCUUCCUCAUAGAAGAAGAGUUCGACAAGGAGACGGGCCAGGUGCUGAGCGGCCUGGACAAGCUGCCAGCAGACCUGCGGCGCUUCGUCCAGGAAGACAACAAGCUGUUUGACAAGGAGAUGGAGGAGUGGGACGCCCUUCAGGCCCGCAAGGCCCAGCAGGAGAAGCUGGCCCUGGCCGCCGCCGCCGCCGCCGCUUCUACCGCUGCUGCGGUUGCGGCUGCGUCCACAGCCUCCGGAGCCUCCUCCAAUACCACCUCCUCCUCCUCCCCUCAGCCAAUGAGCAUCGAGUACAGUCCUUCGGACAACACAGUGGCAAUGCAGGACCCAGAUUACAUGGAGCAGCCCUCUCCUACCACAGACUCCAAGCAGCUCCAGCAGAACAUGGAGAGAGCCAUCUCUCAGGCUGCUGCUGCACAGGAAGACACCAGCCCCGAGACGCUGCUUAACGCGCCUGGGGUCCAGUCCCCUUCUCCGCCCCCCCAGCCUGGUGCGGAGGGCGAGGGUCCGGCCCAGCGUACUGUAGAGGUGGCCAUCCCCCACGUGGGAACUUUUGUCAUUGAGUCAGAGGAAGGGGGGUACGAUGAUGAGGCGAUGCUGACCCCAAACAUGCAGGGUAUAAUUAUGGCCAUUGGCAAAUCCAGCAAUGUAUUUGAAAAGAGUGGGCCCGAGGCAGCCUUCUUCAAGGCCAUCAAGGUGGAGUACGGCCGCCUGAUGCAUUUUGCGGAGGAGGACGUGGCCUCGGAUAACGACUACCGGCUGCAGCACGCCGUCGUCUACUUCAUCCUCAACCAAGCGCCCAAGAAGAUCCUGGAGAGGACGCUGCUCACGCAGUUUGCCGACAGGAACCUGGCCUUCGACGAGAGGUGUAAGAGCAUUAUGAAUGUGGCGCGUGCCAAACUGGACCUCAUUAAGCCCGAGGAGGUCAACAUUGAGGAGUACGAGAUGUGGCAUCAGGACUACAGGACUUUCCGGGACACCACCACCCUUCUGAUGAUUGGUUUGGAGCUGUUCCAAAAGUCAAAUUAUGUGGAGGCCCUGAUGUACCUGAUCUACUCGUACCAGUACAACAAUGAGCUGGUCGCCAAGGGGCCUAACAGGGGCCACGACGAGGCAUUUCUCAGUCACUUCCGCCGCGAGUGUUUGCUAAAACUAAACGAGCAAGCAGCCGGCAUGUUUGAGGCUGGCGAGGACCCGGAGGUCACCAACGGGCUGGGCAUCAUGAACGAGCUGGUGGUUCCCUGCCUACCCCUGCUGCUAGUGCAGGACGCGGAGAAGGACCUGCUGGCCGUGGAGGACAUGAGGAACCGCUGGUGCUCCUACCUGGGCCAAGAGAUGGAGCCCAACCUACAGGAGAAGCUGACGGACUUUCUCCCCAAGUUACUGGACUGUUCCACGGAGAUCAAGGGCUUCCACGAACCCCCCAAGGUGCCCACCUACUCCACCCUGGAGCUGUGCGAGCGCUUCAGCCACAUCAUGGCUACUGUGGCCAAGGCCCUCACUGCGGGCAGAUGAACGAGACCCUCAAACCCCCUCACAACCCUACCCCCCUCACCCCUGCCCUGGGCGCCAAAACCCCAUGGAUCUC